AAUAUUAAAGAGUCUAGGAGGUGUGCAUGGAAUCGUGCGCAUAAUGUUCCGGUCUAGUCGAUUUAAAAUUCUUUUUCCUCCUUUUGUUAUUUUCGGAUUAAUUAUCCUUUUCAUUUAUCCUUAUCCUCAAUGCACAAAAUCAAAGAAUACAAGAUCACAAGAUGAAAGAACUUAUAUGGAUUUACAUCUUCACCCAUUGGUUGAUAUUCAUCCUGAACCAAAGAAUGUACCGCAGGAGAUUUUAGUUGAAAAUUCUAAAACUGUACUGGCAUCAGAUAUAGCACCAAAUAAUAUUUUCUACGUGUGGUGUGGAAAGAGGUGGUUUGAAUUUAGUCAUUAUCUGAGCGUGAUAAGCGCAAUAAAGAAUCUUAACCCUGACAAUGUCUACUUUUAUUAUGAUAACUAUCCAGUUUUAGACAGAUGGUUAUAUAACAAUUGGAUUGAUUAUAUCAAAAAAGAAUAUCCAUUUUUUAAACUAAUUGAAACAAAAUCGGCAUGUGCAUCUCACAAAGUGUACAAUAUACCAUGGAUAUUAAAUAGAUUAAGUGAAAUGGGAGGAUUAUUUAUUGGAGAAAAUACAUUAAUAACAUAUUUUCCUUUAGUUCUUAGAAAAUAUCAUUUUAUUGAUGCUAUAAAUUUCAAAAAUAGAACAGGAUUUCUAUUAGCAAGAUACAAUUUACCAGGAAGAAGAAAUUUUCUCGAAUUACUUAAGGAUAAAAAGCUGAAAACUAGAAUGGCCAAAUGUCAUACCUAUGAAGAGUUGCAAAGCGUCUCAAAAUAUAAUAAACGUAUUCUUUGCAGUAGUACGCCGCGUGUACUAUUUCCAAAGGAUAUUUGGGAGACUAAGACCAAAUUUUCCAGGGAAGUUAGAAAUAUAUUAUAUGGAAGUCCGAAAAUUGCAGUUCCCAUUGAAGAUGACAGAGAAUUAAUACCAAAUAUUGCUCAUAUUGUUUGGUUGGGUGGUGGCAAAAUGGAUUUUUUAUUCUAUUUGGGAGUUUUAAGCUUAAUUUAUGUUGCAAAGGUGGAUAUGGUCUAUAUUCAUGGAGAUUUACCACCCAGUGGUCCCUAUUGGUAUAAAGUAAAACACAAUCCUAAACUUCGCCACAUAUAUAGGGAAAAUCCUAAAGCAGUUUAUGGAAAUGAUGUCAAUAUAGUUAGCCAUAUGACAGACGUUUGGAGAGUUGAUUUUAUGGUAAAAUAUGGAGGAAUUUAUGUGGAUACAGAUACUGCGUUUGUUCGACCGUUAACAAGAGAAUUAAGAUCUUACGAUGCAGUCGCCACAUAUGAUUGGACUUAUUGGAAUGACCCGUGGCCCGAUACAAUUAACUUUGGAGUAACAGCAGGAAAACGGGGAGCAAAAUAUUGGAAAUUAUUUCAAAAAUCCAUGUCCUGGUUUAUAGACAAAGAUUGGUCAUUCAACGGUCUUAGAUUUCCAUAUAGACUGAAAGAAUUACAUCCGAACUUGCUAAAAAUAGAUCCAAAGUUACAAAUAACAUGUUUUGAAUAUAAAUGCCAUCCGACUUAUUGGAAAAAUUAUCAUAAUGAAAGUAUUCAUCAUCUUAAUUCGGAAUCAAUAAAAAAUUGGAAAGAAGAUGCUUUUGCCUUUCAUUGGACUUUACCAACUCCACCCGAGUUAUUGAAUGAAGAAAAUUUGAAAAAUUCAAAUACAAUAUUCGCUGAUAUAGCUAGAUACAUACUUAGCGAAUCCGGUAUUAGUCUAUGAUAUAGCUAUAUGUGAUAUACAAUAUAUAUGUAUAUAUAUAUAUACACAGUAUAAAAGAAAUUGUUAGAGUAUAUGAAUAGUAUACUAUAUUUAAAUAUCUUUGUUUGUUUACAUCUAGUUAUCAUUAUCUAUUGUUACUCAACGGAAAUCAACGAAUAAACUAAAAUAGAAGAUACCAUCUCUUUUAAUAAACUAACCUAUCAUAAAAAGAAAAUUAAUUCAUUUUUAAUAAUUGUCAAUUAUUUACUUCUAUUUCUCUUUCCAUUCUU